AUGGAGCAACAAGAGAAGAAGAAGAGAAAAGUUUACAGAAGAAGAAGAUUACAAUCAAAACCAACUUCGUCCUUUCCUCUCGAUCUAGCCUCAGAGAUACUCUUAAGGCUACCUGUAAAAUCUGUUGUGAGGUUUCGUUGUGUGUCAAAGCUAUGGUCAUCAAUCAUCACCGAUCCAUAUUUCAUCAAGACGUACGAAACUCAGUCUUCAACACGGCAGAGUCUUUUAUUCUGCUUCAAACAAAGUGACAAGUUGUUUGUUUUUUCGAUUCCAAAACAUCAUUACGAUUCAAACUCUUCUUCUCAGGCCGCUAUUGAUCGUUUUCAGGUGAAACUCCCACAAGAAUUUAGUUACCCCUCCCCUACGGAAUCUGUCCACGGCUUGAUCUGCUUUCAUGUGUUAGCAACGGUUAUUGUUUGGAACCCUAGCAUGAGACAGUUCUUAACCUUACCCAAACCAAGAAAAAGCUGGAAGGAACUAACAGUCUUUUUAGGAUACGAUCCAAUAGAAGGUAAACACAAAGUAGUGUGUCUGCCUCGUAAUAGAACUUGCGACGAGUGUCAGGUUUUAACGUUGGGAUCAGCUCAAAAAUCAUGGAGAACGGUAAAAACUAAGCAUAAGCACCGUUCUACAAAUGAUACUUGGGGAAGAUGCAUUAAGGGGGUUGUAUAUUAUAUAGCCUAUGUUUAUCAUACGCGUGUUUGGUGUAUAAUGAGCUUUCAUGUCAAAUCUGAAAAAUUCGAUAUGAUAAAACUACCAUUGGAAAAUAUUUAUAGGGAUGUUAUGAUAAAUUAUGAAGGGAGGUUAGCUUGUGUUGAUAAACUAUAUACCUUGAAUAACGAUGGUAUAAGAUUGUGGAUUUUGGAGGAUGCAGAGAAACACAAGUGGUCGAGUAAACAGUUUCUUGCACGUUAUGUUCACAAUGACCUGAGAACGAACACCAUUUCCAAGCUAACUGGUGUCACUCAUGCUGGUGAGUUUGUUUAUAUUUCAACGCAGUAUCUUAAAUCGUUUGUUUUGUUUUGUGAUCCGAAGAAAAAUAGGUUUAGAAAAGUAGAGUUUAAUGGAAUUGUAGACGAAGAAUUUAGGCUCAGUAAUGGAGUUGGUAGGGGACGUAUAUAUGCGCUCUAUAAUUUCCCGAAUCAUUGCGAGAGUCUCAUGUCUUUGUAG